GGAAGGCACACACUUCAUUAGCUCUUAGGAGCUAACACAUCUCUCAGAUUUUUGGGCAUCCCACCAUUCAACAGCCAGGAUGGCUCGGGAUAUGUCAGAUAAAGAGAUCCUGAAAAUGGAGCUGGAUCAGCUGAAGAAAGAAGUUAGCACACCCCGGACACCAAUGGGUGCCAACUGUGCAGAAACCAUUGCUUUUGUGGAGGGCCUGGCAGCAGACGACCCUCUGAUCAAAGGCGUCCCGGAUGACAAGAACCCUUACAAGGGAGACAAGGGAGGCUGCAUAAUAACAUAG